AUGCUUCGACAUGAUAUCAGAUUCGCUCACAAAAAUUACGGAAGGCAAGGAAGCGAAUUUGUCAUCGAACAUCCACAAUUGCAUAUUUUUCGAAUGCUUUACUCAACUCCUUUGGUGACUUUUGUGGCAUAUCUACUUAACUUGUCAGAAUGGGAUGAAUCUAGUCUCUACAUUGUCUUCGUUAUCCUUUUAUGUCUAUUUGUUAUUAAAUUAUACCGAAAAGUCCUCACAGAGUCUGUGUUGUUCCUCACUGCAAUGGGUGUCCAAAUUGAGACCAGAUUUUUGCUGGGAUAUUGUACAACCAGAUUUAUUGAUAUGGCCAACAUCAAAGAUAUUGUCAUUUUAGAAGCUGUUAAUAUGCAUCACAUAAUUUUUUACCUGGCUCUGCUUCUACAAAAAAAAGAGAAACAACUAACUGGAGUUCUUCCUCUCUUCACUCAUUCAUGGCCAAAGUUGUCUAUUCUGCAAACCCUGUGCGAGACUGUUCAUAACAAAUUCCCCAACCUCGGCUGA